AUGAGGCAGAGCUGCGCGAGGAGAUCAACUCGUGCAGAAACUUGCACACAAACACACGGCGAGGAGGAACAGAGCUCAACUUUACUCCUGGAGGACCCUCGAUCAAAACAACUACAAGACAACAACAUGGGAUCGUUUCGGUGUCUCGCGAUUGUCGCAGCGCUCUUAGCGCUUGUUUUCGAGUGCGCGCACGGGGCUCCAGCGGGAGCGCGCACCAAGAGACACCUGGACUACAGCGCAGGGAGAACCCUGGCCACGCAGCUCAAUGAAAAAGCCAGAUACUUAUACAGAGAGGUUGAGAUCCCAAACGAGCUGGCUGUAGUCAGUGACCCUCCACUGAUGAUCCGUCCUGAGGACAAAUGUGAUCCUGACAGCCUUCAGAGCAAUGCAGAGCCUUGCCUGUCGAAAGUCAUUCUUGCUUUGAAAAACUACAGCAGGAUCUUUGGGGACAAUGGACUGUUUCGGGAAGAGUACACCAAGUGCAGUAAAUGGCGAGCCAGUGCCACUGAUGUUUUUAACAUAACUACACAACUCCUGCGUGCACUGAAGGAGCAAGUAGAAGCUCAAGAGCCAUUGAAAUUGGAGAAGUGGAUGAGCGAAGUUUUCCUGUGUCGUGACAGCGUGGACCGACUGUAUUCCUUCUCCAUCCUAACAGCUCGUAUCUUCAACUUUUUGUCUCACCAUCACAAUAAAGGAUGA